UGGCUCUGGAGAAAAGCGAGUUCUUUUUGUCUGAAAUUUCCUUUUUGGGCUACAUCGUCACGGUCGAGGGACUGAAACCGGAUCCCAGGAAGGUAGCAGCGGUUCGCGAAGCCCCGGCCCUGGCCACGCUCACUCAGGUUGGAGCCUUCCUAGGGCUGGCCUCUUAUUAUCGACGCUUCAUUCGGAGCUUCGCCUGCCUCGCCAAGCCGAUGACGAACCUGCUGAAGAAGGAGGAGCAGCUGAUCUGGACGCCGGAAUGCGAGGCGGCUUUUCAGGCACUCAAGGAGGCUCUGACAUCGACACCCGUGUUGGCCCGUCCCGAUCCGACACGACAGUUUGCGCUGCAUACCGACUGGCAGCCGCAGGCGAUAUCGACGGUGCUCACUCAACAAGGAACGGAUGGAAGGGAGCAUGUCAUCCAGUAUGCGUCGAAAACACUGAGCCAGAUGCAGUCAAACUACGAGGCGUGCAAGAGUGAAUGCUUGGCGGUGGUGUGGGGAGUUCAGCACUUUCGACCGUAUCUGUACGGCCAGAAGUUCGCUCUCGUGAUGAAUCAUCAUCCAUUGCUAUCGUUGCGGAACAACACGGACUACACGGGUACCUUAGGAAGGUGGACGGUGAGAUUGCAGGACUACGACUUCGACAUCCGCCACCGCGCCACCCGACAGCAUGGGAACGCCGUUGGUCUGACGCGCCUCCAACCGCCGAGCAAGAGUCCCGCGAACGAGAAGCUCAUUUCGUGGACGCCGAUUUCGCCUUCGACGGAACCUGACUACGGGGAGGUGAAUGUCCUCCGCAAGGGUACUGCAGCAAUCAAAGAUCGCGAUCUCCCAUGAGGAAGCCGACACCCCUUCCCCCCUUCCCCAUUCUUCAACCCCCUCUCUUGACCCUGACUCCCAUCCGAGC